UUGUAGAUUUUCUUUUGAAUCUUUGAUAUUGGCGAAUAAGUACGAAAAUCGUCUGGGAACGUACUUUUUCUAAUUUUUCAGUUUUUGGAUUCUUUGGUAAAACUAGUGAAUUGCAGCUUUUUUGAAUAAAUAAUUUAUCUUCUUUGAUUUUAGACGCUGGAUCCUCCAACUUUGAUUAUUUAUUUGUUUAUCUCUAAUGGCUCAAAAUGAUACGGGUGGAUUGAAAGAGGCUUUCAUUCAUUUUACGGGUGGUGCCGUUGGUGGAACUGCUGGUUAUCAAAACACGAAUGCAAAGCUCUCAAGGAUUUUUGAUUUAUCGGCAAUUAAGAGAAGAUGCAAUAAAAGGGGCAAAAAAACCCUUAAUUGAAGCAGCAAUACCCGGUCCUAGCAGCAGCAAAAGUGCAGGUUCUUUUGUUCGUUUUUCUGUCGCAAAGCGUUUAAUUCGUGCUCACUGGCCUCCACUUUCAUUAUUGGCAAUUCGUUCUGUUUGGAAGGAAGGCGGUACUGCUGCACUUUUUAAAGGCCUAUUACCUAAUCUUAUUGGUGUUACCCCUUCGAAAGCUAUUUAUUUUUGUUUUUAUUCUCUUACAAAGCGCAUCUCUAAUAAUUAUUGCAGCAGAGAUGAAACUGAUGACGAGAUAGACAGAAGGUGGCUUGUUCCAAAUUCGGCUUUUAUCCAUAUGUUCUCUGCCGGCAUAGGGGGUCUAAUAGCAGCUACAUUAAUAAAUCCAAUUUGGGUAGUUAAAACUCGUCUUCAAUUACAUCAUGGACGUUUAGGUGCUAAAGAAUGUUUCUUGCGAAUUAUUAAACGUGACGGAGUUUUAGGGUUAUGGAGGGGUGUGACAGGAUCUUAUUUGGGAAUAUUUGAAACAGUUAUACAAUUUGUUAUUUACGAAAAUUUGAGAAGUAAAAUAAGUGAUCCGGAUCAGAAAUUUCUUGGUUCAUAUGCAGACAAACAACACCAAGCUUUUUUACAAUUUAUGUUGGCUGGUGGUAUAGCAAAAACAUUUGCUGUUAUUAUAGCUUAUCCACAUGAAGUUAUUAGGACGCGUUUAAGAGAAGAAGGAAAUCAAUUAAGGCUACGACAGUUGGUUAGAACUCUCUGGCGUGAAGGAUACAUUAAACCUUUUUAUCGUGGUCUUAGUGUACAGUUAUUGCGGUCAGCUCCAAAUACAGCAAUAACAAUGUUUACCUAUGAGUUAGUUGUUCACCUACUUCAUCGUUUAUUAGGAGAACUUCCAAAAGAUUAGAGUUUAUCCUUUUUUCAUCUUGUUCAGAUAAACAAUGAUAUAUAGCAAUCCAAGAAUUGCUUUUGAUUUUUCCAUAUCGCCGCUCAGCCUUUUUUGAUUUUUUUGUUUAGAAUUUAAUUAUUAUUUUAAAGUGCUCAAAUUUAUGUUUUUUUUGUUUAAUUUUAAUAAUAAAAAUAUUAUUAUUAUAAUAUUACAUUUAUUAUUACUUACAAUUAGUCUAAUUUAGUCUUCAAAGAAUUUUAAAAGAAAAUUUAAAAACUUUUUGCUUAGUUUCCCAUGCAUUUGACAACUCGUCACUUGUUUGGACUCUUCUUUUAGUUUUUAGAUAGAAACAUCGGUACUUUCCUGUUAUCGGCCUUCAUUUUUAUUUUCCUUUUCACCGAAACAUCUAGAUUUUAUUUAAAAAAAUAUUUGGAUAAUUAUUUAAAUUCGAAGGAAGCUUGUUUUAACAAUUAGUGAAUUCUAAACGAAAUUAUAGCUUACUCUUAGAGUUUCAAUACCCAUCACUGCCAUUCUAACAACUACAAAGCAUCCCUCCCUUUUUACAUGCCUCAAAGUUUGGGUUAAUUCAGAAAAUUUUUUCUUGAUAAUCUUAAUCCUAUAAGCAAGCAUUUUAUCUUCAUUCCAUAAGUAAUGUAA